GUUUAUGGCCACUGCUUGUCCAGUCACUGGGCACCACUGAAAAGAGUCUGGCACCAUCCUCCUGGCACCCUCCUUUGAGAUCUUUACAUGAUGAAUCCCCUCUCAGGCUUCUCCAGAACAGGCGCAGUUCCUGCAGUCUCUCCUCAUAAAAGAGAUGUUUCAAACCCCAAAUUAUCAUCGUGAGCCCCCGCUGGACCCUCUCCAGCAGCUCCCUGUCUCUCUUGUACUGAAGUGCCCAGAACUGGACCCGGCACUCCAGACGCGUCCUCGCAAAGCGAUGUCCGCGGAGGCGGGAAAAGGCCAGAGGGCCGGGAAGUGUCAGCCCAAAGCCAGAGGGGCGGCGGGCAGGCUCCGCUCGAGCGGCGCGGCUCGGGCCGCGGCCCCGCAGCCACCCUCCGCCCCGCGGCGGGGCGCGCGCGCUGCCGGCCGCGCGCACGGGCGCUGCCCCUUUCUAGUACCUUCCCCGUUGCGCUGCGUCAUCACGGCGCGCGGCGGCCGGGCCGAGCCGUUUCCGGUGUCGCGGACGCGGCGCGAGCGCUCGGCUGGAGCCCCCGGGAGCCGGGAGCCGGGAGCCGGCGGCCGGGCCCCCUGCCCUGCGGUACCUUACCCUACCCUACCUUACCUUACCCUGCCCUGCCCUGCCCUGCCCUGCCCUAACCUGCCCCGCCCCGCCCCGCCCCGCCCGCGCGCGGCAAUGUCGGACGGAGCGGAGGGACCCGCGGGGAGCUCUCCUGGUUCCCCCACCCGCGACUCUGCCGGUGUCUCCGAGCCGCGGAUCAUCAAAGUCACGGUGAAGACUCCCAAGGAGAAGGAGGAGUUCGCCGUUUCCGAGACCAGCAGCAUCCGGCAGUUCAAGGAAGAAAUCUCUAAGCGUUUCAAGUCCCACACUGAUCAGCUUGUGUUGAUAUUUGCUGGAAAAAUUUUAAAAGAUCAAGAUACUUUGACUCAGCACGGAAUUCAUGAUGGACUCACUGUUCACCUGGUUAUCAAAACACAGAACAGAUCACAAGACCACCCAACUCAACAGGCAAACACUGCUGGGAGUACUGCUACCACAUCAACAUCAAGCAGUAGCACCUCAACACCAGCGUCAACAAAUAGUAAUCCAUUUGGCUUGGGUGGCCUUGGAGGUUUGGCAGGCCUGAGUAGCCUGGGCUUAAAUACUUCAAACUUCUCAGAGUUGCAAAGUCAGAUGCAACGACAACUUAUGUCCAACCCGGAAAUGAUGGUUCAGAUAAUGGAGAAUCCAUUUGUUCAGAGCAUGCUUUCAAAUCCCGACCUGAUGAGGCAGUUGAUUAUGGCUAACCCUCAAAUGCAGCAACUGAUACAGAGAAAUCCAGAAAUCAGUCACAUGCUGAAUAAUCCAGAUAUAAUGAGACAGACACUAGAACUUGCUAGAAACCCUGCAAUGAUGCAGGAAAUGAUGCGAAACCAGGACCGAGCAUUGAGCAACCUUGAGAGUAUACCAGGGGGAUACAAUGCCUUGCGGCGUAUGUACACAGACAUUCAAGAGCCAAUACUGAAUGCAGCACAGGAACAGUUUGGAGGUAACCCAUUUGCUUCUUUAGUAACCAAUGCAUCAGCAGGAGGGGACAAUCAGCCAUCUCGUACAGAAAAUAGAGAUCCUCUGCCAAAUCCGUGGGCUCCUCAGUCCAGCUCACAGACUUCUACAACAAAUACUGGCACUAGUGGUGAGAGCAGUGGCAGCAGUAAUGCUGAAAAUAGCACUUCAGGCACAACGGGACAGAGCUCAACUGGACCGAAUUUGGGACCUGGGCUUGGAGCUGGUAUGUUCAACACACCAGGAAUGCAGAGCUUAUUACAGCAGAUAACAGAAAACCCACAACUUAUGCAGAAUAUGUUGUCUGCACCCUACAUGAGAAGCAUGAUGCAAUCAUUAAGCCAGAAUCCUGAUCUUGCAGUACAGAUGAUGUUGAAUAAUCCUUUAUUUGUUGGAAAUCCUCAACUUCAGGAACAAAUGAGACAACAACUUCCAACUUUCCUUCAGCAAAUGCAGAAUCCUGACACGUUAUCAGCUAUGUCAAACCCCAGAGCAAUGCAGGCUCUGCUACAGAUUCAGCAGGGCUUGCAGACAUUAGCAACAGAAGCACCGGGGCUUAUACCAGGGUUUAAUCCUGAUUUGGGUGGAGUGGGAAGCAGCGGAGCUCCUACACCAUCCACUGUACCUAGUUCUGUUUCCACUGAAAAUACGAGUCCAGCUUCAGGAACUGCUGAACCUGGUCACCAACAGUUUGUCCACCAGAUGUUGCAGGCACUGGCUGGUGCAAAUGCUCAGUUGCAAAAUCCAGAAGUUCGAUUUCAGCAACAACUGGAACAGCUGAGCGCAAUGGGCUUUCUGAACCGUGAAGCAAAUUUACAAGCACUAAUAGCAACAGGAGGAGACAUCAAUGCAGCUAUUGAAAGGCUGCUUGGCUCUCAGCCUUCAUAGCAGUGUUUCUUUUAACUUGAAAAAAUGUAAUUUAUUUUUGAUAACAGCUCUUUAAUCUUUCAAAUUGCUUUAUUUCAUUCUGACUCCUGGGAUUGUCUUGUUAUAACUAAAACCGGUCUGAUGCAUUUGAAGGUGGAGUGCAAUAGUUUUCUUCAGACAUUGGGAAUCAAUGCAUUUUCACUUCUGAGUGCACCAGUUCUUCUGUUCAGCAUUAUUUGUGACUUUUUGGAAACAAUAUCAGCUUUCACAGUUGGAUGAACAAGUUUUGUCUGACCUACAAAUGGCCAAUUUAUUUACUACUUAAACAGUAUCCUUCAGUAGUAAUUUAUGUAGAUAACACAUUAAAAAGGAAACAAAUUAAUUGAAGCUGUGGGUACCAAUACUGCUUAUUGUGAUUUUGGCAUGUUUUUUUUUCUUGACUAGCAAAAUGCUAGAAGAUUUAUACUACUUGAGUAAUCUACCAUCUUUUGCUUUAAUUUGUCUAAGGUAUAAACACAAUAUAUACAACAGCGACAGCUAAUUUCUAGAGAUGUACACAAUACAAUAGGUGAAAUGCAAUGAAAAAAACAAACAAGCCCCAAAAAGCAACAACAAAAAAACCCACAUAAAAACCACAAAAAACAAACAAAAAAAAAAAAAAAAAACCACACAAAAAACCCCCCAAAAAACCAAAAAAACAAAAACACCAAAAAAAACCCCACCCAAACAACUACAAAAACAAACCCAGGAAAAAAUGUCAUGGGACUUGAAUUGGGUGUAGAGCUGCCCAGGAUCUUUGCUAAUUAUCUGAGAAAAAAUGCUUAAGCACCUUCAGUUAAAAUAUGCUAGAAUUACUGUUCUGGUUGUCUCUUUGCAUUUAACUGUACAGAAACUUGCAUUAUAACAUUAUUUCAAUAUUCACAGAUUAACUGUACAUUACUUUUGUCAUUGUCCAAAUUAAAGAGCCACAGCCUUGUGCUCUGGAAUUGCUUCUAUGGCUAUUUGGCUUGUUCCACUGAGAUUUUUACAUGUAUUCUGAUUUGUAAUUGGAGAAAUUACUUCUAUUCAUGGUCAUGUGAUACUCUAAUUACUUUUAACCACCAAGUAAAAAAAUACUGUAUAGCUUUUGGGUUUCUAUUGGUAGUUACUUCUCUUGUGCACAGGUAAUAAAUGAAUUAAAAAAUCUUUAAGCA